AUGACCAGCCUUCCGCUGCCUCUGGAUGAGGAUGCUCCCACGGGAGCGCUUGCUUGGUUCCCAUACGGCCGUCAGGAUCUUCCAGGUUGGCGCUUCGACGUCAUCACCCUCCUCGCCAUCAUCGGCGAGUCCAGCGUCGCUGAACACGCCCAAACCCUCACAGCAUCCCGUCUCUGCCUCCUCCCACGUAUCAUCCCCGCCCCUCAAGCCCUCCUCAAACCAGUGCGGCCUCAACGACUCCCAGAAGCCAACGCCAAAAUGACAGGCGUACACAGCGGGGUGGUACUCGACACGGUAGGUUUCUUCGCAAACAUCCUACAACCCCUCGACGAGAUGAAGCCCUUCUCCUUCAAAGUCCUCGAGAUCAAGCACACGAAGGAAGCUUUGGAAGCCAUCAAAGCGGGCAAAACAAGAGAGGAAAAGGGGAGACUUACCACCUCCACUAAGGGCAGCAACUGGUGGAGAAGAGGCUGGAGAGGGCAGCAAAAACCAACAGCACUGCAUAUCAAACCUACCACUGAUACCACCACAGUCCUCACCCCCUCCCAACCAAGCUUCUUCGGCCCAACCAACGCCAACCCAACCGAAAAACCACCCACCCGUAAACCCACUGUUCGGUUCGCCACAGCAGCGGCAGACGAUGACCUCGAACGAGGCGGCUCCUCCACCACCACGCUCACAACCUCUGAUAAUAACCACCCCCACCUCCCCCACCACCGAACAUCAACCAUCAGACCCUCCGUCCCGGCAACGUUAUGCUCCCCCGUGCACCUACUUUCGAUUUUUUCAUUUGCCCUCACACUGGUAAUCAUCAUCCUCUCCGCCCUCUGGGAAGACGGCACGGCCAUUCUGGCCAUAGUAUUGAUGUCGCUGGCCUCGUCGGUGGUUUGCUACGCCUCGCUGUGGAAGCCCGUUCUCAUGAACAGGACCACUUCGGGAAAAGUGCCCGAGGGGGAUGUCGUGAUCAGGACGAGGGAGGGGGCGUUUCUGCUGAUUAAAUGCACCGAGGAGGUGGCGCGGGAGCUGUAUUCCGGGACGGAGGAGUGCAAGUAUGUGGUGGAGAGCGAUCUGUACAGGCUGUACAUGGGGUUGGGGAUGGUGCUGCUGAUGGUGAGCGUGGUGUUGCUGGGGAACUGCGGGUGGAACAGUCAGGUGCUGAUUGGGGGGGGUUAUAUCUGUUUGAACGGGCUGUAUUGGAUGAUGGGGUUGGUGGAGGAGAAGAGGUUUUGGGAUGUGGAUAGGAGGUAUACCGUUCGGGAUGUGACCAAGGAGGAUUCAAAGGGCGCGCAUGCUUUUCCGGAGGGGAAGGAUAAGUGGGAGAAGGAUCGGUUGGAGGAUGAUGAGAUUCCUAGUUUUACGAGGACGAUGUGGUAUGCGAUCAGGGAGACGAAGGGGCAGGUGGCGUGGGUGAAGAGGAGCGGGGCGAUGCCGAAGACGAAGCAGUGGAAGAGGUGGUUGGAGGAAGCGCAGAAGAUGGCUGAGAAGGGAGAGAGAGGGUGGAAGGCGGUGAGGAGGAAGGGGGAGAUUAUGAGGGAGGAGGGGGCCGAAGAUGAUGCGGAACAGAUGGCGCCUGCGCAGGAGGUGCAGAGGAGGGGGACUGUGAGGGGGGAGUGA